AUGAAUGCAUUCCUCGUUGUCAGAUAUGGCGCAUUUGGUUCGUCGACUCGCUUCUCCCACCAUCUGUUCUCUGCACUCAUUGGAAGCUUUUCGGCGUUGAAUAUGGGCUACCUGAUGAACGGAACCAAAGUCACCUCUCCAGGAAUGAUCCAGGGAAUAGACACCUAUCUCCUCAUUCUCUCCAUUGUCAACAUGGUGUUUCUCUUCCCCGUCAUUGGUAUUGAACUCGUCAGAAGAGGCGCACUCACCUCCAAGAUUUGGUUUGAACUGCUCUGGAAUGUGUUGUUCCUACUUGCAUUCCUUGGCGGUGCCGUUGUCGCAACGCUAAACUAUCCAGACACAAUGUGUUCCAAAGCCGGGACUGGAGAGGGUUCUUGCCUAACAGCCAUCAUUCUGAUCGCAAUUGCGUGGAUGACCACGUCUCUAUAUCUCAUCUAUCUCAUCAGCCUCGUCGUCUACACGUUCUCCCAAGCGAAGCACACUCACAAUAUCUGGAGUUCCUCGGUUGCCGAUCAUGGUCGUCACCCAGGCGUGCCCGGCCCCAUUGUCGUUUCGCAGUCACAAUCGCGAUCAAUCGAUUCUCCAACGACGUUAAUUAACGUCUACCCACUCAAGGACGACUCGCAAAGCAUUGACAAGGACGAAGAAAAGGCAGUGGCUGUUGCUCCGUCCCUUAGCGCAAACGGUCCGCCGACCUUUGGCGCGGGAUUCACAUUUCCCAAGAGGCCUGCCCCAAGCGCCAAUCGCAACAUUGGAGUAAACGCCAUCAACGGCGCGCCCUCGUAUGAUUCCAACUCGAAAGCGCCCUAUCAAUUCCAAGUACACUCUUACCGAGGAGGACAAAAGACGUCCGCCUCGGGCAUGGAAGCCCGUCCUGCACCAUGGUCGCAAGAAGCGGAUACACCCAGCCCCGCCGUGAUUGAACACGUUUCACGGGUUGUAUCUGUGAAACCUUCACUCUACCCGGCACAUGUCGUGAGUGCGGGACUCAACACCCACUCGCGUCAAUCGGUACAGCAGCAGCAGCAAAUUGGGCAACGGACACAACCACAGCGUCCAGGUCAACAGCAGCCAAUGGUCGUAGGCAACUUUGUCGACAUCUUACGUGCCGCUGGAUUGAAUGGUAGUUCGACAAGUCUACCGUAUGCACGCUCGCGCUCGUCGGUCGCGUCUAACCAAUCGCGCACGCCAACGCUGACAGAGGAGGCUCCGUCGACGACAAAGGGACAUACACAGGCGCAGAGCGUCGAUUCGUUUGUCCAAGUCAGCCUCGCCACACCCAAUGGAGGCUCGUCCACACCAGUACAGAACCGGACGGGCAACAGCCGAAGGAGCAUGAGCGAGGGGAGCAAUCAUUUCACUAACAACAGAAGGUCGAAGCCCAUACGGAGGCCACCGCCGUUAAACUUGAACGGUUUGUCUAAUAUUGCAAAGGCUGAUCGCAGAUGA